AACCCAUGGAAAGAUAGUGUGUAGGUACUCGGAAUAACAUAGUGAAACCGAAGUUGAUCUCCUUUCUUCUUGUUUCAGGAACUAGGACACUGCACCGACUGAACAUGAGUUUCUUCAGUAUGAUGCGUAAAAGGAAAGAGCUGAUCCCUAUUGCUGGUCUGAUGGCUAUCGCCGCGUCCGGGGCUACCACCGUCUCCAUUUACUUCCUCCUCACCAAACCUGACGUCAUACUCAAUAAGACGGGAAAUCCUACUCCCUGGGAAAACGUGGACCCCAAAAAACCGCAGAAGCUGCUAACGAUUAACCAGAAGUGGGAGCCAGUGGAGGAGGUCCAGAUAUUGAAGCGUUACAGCAAGUAAUGGAGCAGACUGUCUCAUCAGUACUGAAUGUUUCACUGAUUCCUGACCUGAAAUUCCACUGGAGAGGAACAGCAACAUUUCUGUUUGAGUUUUAGGAUUAAAAAUUGUCAAUUUCUACCCCAACAAUUCCUCCCUCUCUUCCUCCCUCUCUUAACUUGUGCCUUUGUCUUCAGGAUGAGUGGCUGCACAACAGGAUGGGCAGAUAUGAAACAGCAACGUGUGUAUUUUCACUCAAACUAUUCUACUGAUAAGAUCUAUAAGCCAAUACAUUACUAUAAAAUAAAUUGUGUCUAAUUUAAA